AUGGCCACCGUCGCUGAUAUCGUUCUUCUGCCCGGCGAUGGCGUCGGCCCCGAGGUCGUCGCCGAAGCCAAGAAGGUCCUCGAGGCCGUCUCCCAGGUCCGAUCGCAGGCCCUGAAUCUGUCCUUCAACUUCAAGGAGGAGCUGCUCGGCGGCUGUGCCAUCGAUGCCACCGGCUCUCCCUUCCCUGAGCAGACCAAAAAGUCUUGCCAGGCUGCCGCCGCCAUCCUCCUUGGUGCUGUUGGCGGUCCGCAAUGGCCCCGUCCCGCCACCGCCGAGUGCCCCAAGCCUCCUCGCCCCGAGCAGGGUCUCCUCGAUAUCCGAAAGGAGCUGGAUCUCUUUGCCAACAUCCGCCCGUGCCGCUUCCCGUCAAAGUCGCUCGUCCAGCUGUCGCCCCUCAAGGAGCAUCUGGUCAAGGGCACUGAUUUCAUUGUUGUCCGCGAACUGACCGGCGGCAUCUACUUUGGCAAGCGCGAGGAAGAGACCAAUGGCCAGGCCUACGACACCAUGUCCUACUCUGUUGAGGAGGUUCAGCGCAUUACCCGCAUUGCCGGCGAGCUCGCUAUGCUCACCUCGCCGCCUCAGCCCAUCAUGUCCAUCGACAAGGCCAACGUCCUGGCCACCUCCCGCCUGUGGCGCCGCGUGGCUACCGAGACCAUCGAGAAGGAGUUCCCCCGGGUCAAGCUCUCCCACAACCUCGUCGACUCGGCCGCCAUGCACAUGAUCAACACCCCCCGCAAGCUUAACGGCGUCGUCCUGACCGAGAACAUGUUUGGUGAUAUUCUCUCCGACGAGGCCUCGGUCAUUCCUGGCUCGCUGGGUCUGCUGCCCUCGGCCAGUCUGAACGGCUGGGGCUCCAAGAGCGUUGGCCUCUACGAGCCCAUCCACGGCUCUGCCCCCGACAUUGCCGGCCAAGGCAUUGCGAACCCGAUCGGCACCAUUCUCAGCGCCGCCAUGCUCCUGCGUUACUCGCUCGGCCUGGAGGCUGAAGCCAAGGCCGUCGAAGAUGCCGUCGAGAAGGUUCUGGACAACCAGGAGGACGGCGGUCUGGGUCUGCGCACCCGCGACCUCGGCGGUUCCGCCACCACCUCGCAGAUCGGCGAUGCUGUCAUCUCCAUCCUGAUCCCCCUUCUGCAAAACCUCUGA